AUGUUACGUCCCUAUCAUUACGUCACACAGAAAGUAGCCCAUAAGAAACAACAGCUGAAACUUAACAUAACACAAUGUCCACCACUCUCUCCUCGACCCACUCCAAAAUCUGUACAUGAUUUACGUCCAGACGAUAUUAAAUAUGUUAUGGCGUUGGGUGAUAGUAUUACGGCCGCAUUCGCUGCUAAGGGCAAAUAUCAUGGUCAUCCAUUGAACAUUCACAACAUUUUUGAGAAUCGAGGCGUUAGUUUUGUAAUUGGUGGAGAUGAAGAUGCUCAAUCUGUAGCGAAUUUUAUUAAAUUCUAUCGAGCGGAUGUGGUUGGUUCUUCUGUAGGUGAUCAUCUGGUUGAAGUUUGUGCUGGCAAAUUUUGCCCAGGAAAUCAAUAUCGACCAAAAUUAGAUCGACUUAAUGCUGCACAAUCUGGCGCAUCAGUAAUAAAUCUCGGGCAUGAAAUGAAUUAUUUAUUGGAACGUAUUGAAGAAUUACAAGUAGACAAAUCAAGCUUCAAGUUUCUGAACCUAUUCAUCGGCUCAAAUGACAUAUGCAAUGGCUGCAAAAUUGAUCGAGUUUCCCCUCGUGUUUUUGAAGCGUUUAUUCGAGAUACACUUGACUCCAUCGAAUCUAAAAUCCCAAAUACAAUUGUUAAUAUCUUGGGAGUAUUUAAUGUAUCGCAAGUGUACAAAUUUGCCCACGGACAACAGUAUUGUCGUUGGUUUAAAUUUUUGCCGCAAAUUCAGUUCGGUUGUGCGUGUGCUUUUUUACCAGGUGAAAUUGGUAAAUAUUAUCGCAAGAAAAUGGAUGAGAUCACAUUACAAUACAAUAAAGUCAUCAAAAGAAUAGUCGCUGAUUAUGCGUCACGUCCACCAAAUCAUUCUUUUGGCCUUUCCUAUCAUCCAUUUGAAUUAAACCUAUUGUCAUUUCCUAUUGAGAGUGUUACUGAUGUUGACUGUUUUCACCCUAGUGUCAGCAUGCAUCAAUACAUUGCCAAAGUAUUAUGGAACAAUUUACCGAUUGAUCUGUCAUUGCGCGUUCCAAUUAUCUGGAAUCCAAAAAUUGGUACUCGUUGUUUUACGGACGAAGAUC